CCUAGGGUUUAUCGUUAAUUACGCGGCCGUGCCACCGUGUUUUCGAGCAAUUACUAGAAUGCCCUUCCCCCAUCCCCACACUAAAACGAAAAAAAUCAAAAAAAUUGCACUCAGUUCGUUUCGAACCCGCGGUCUCUGGGUCAGAGGCGGCUAGCGGUUUGACCAGUUGGGCUGCCGACAAUUAUAUGUUAAAUUAACUGUCCCGCUUAAGUUUAUUUGUUUAUAGUUCUUAAUACGAAAUGGUAAAUGCGGAUUAAGUUUAUCUCGUUUCUUUUCCAAUACGAGUCAAGCCUCUUCCUAAUAACUUAAAUUAUUAAAUUCUCUUUUCAUAAUUUCAUAAUAAUCAAAUUAAAUUUUAUUAACAUAAAUUAUAAUACGAAAAUCACGAUCAGUGGAACGUGAUGAAAAUGUCACAAUUAAACUAUCAAAGUCCAAACGAACUACGUGGACUUUGAUCCCGUCUAACGGGUAUGUAGGCAACCGAUAAGGUUCGAGUCCAAUUAAUCAACUAACUUUAUCUUUAAAUUUUUACGUCAGUGGGCGUAUAAUUAAAUUACAACUAAUAUGAUUAAAUCAUUAAAUGGUCCAGUGGGACCCCUAAAAUUACAAAUUAUUACUAAAAUACACCCAACUCGUAUAAAACUUAUCGAUUUAAGUAGUACCGAUUUAGGGCGUUGUGGGGGUGUUGCUUAACUUCCCCACACGUAACCGUACUCCCGAACCCAGAACUUCAUUUUCGCAGACCAGAUCUCGGUUCUGACCCUAAGGUUAGAGCCGAUCCUAAGAGUGUUCGAUCCACUCCAACUAAGAUCGAUGGCGACUCCCAAAAAUGCCGACGCGACGACAUUCGGACCCCCCGGACGGGACGGUUGCGACACGGGGUUUCUAAUUUGUUUUAAUAGAUUUGUGGUAUGCAUCAGGACGUUUCUGGUUUAUUUUUGUGGUUUGCUUUACCGUGUUUGUAGUUUGUAUUAGGAGGUUUCUGGUGUGCUUUCGAAAACAUUGUGGUUUGCAUUGUGGGGUUUCUGGUUUGUUUUAGGGGAUUUGUGGUAUGCAUUAGGAGGUUUCUGGUUUGCUUUUUUUGGUUUUUUUUAUCACGUUUGUGGUCUGCAUUAGGAGGUUUCCGGUGUGCUUAUGAAAGACUUGUGGUUUGCUUUGUAGUGUUUUUAGUAUGUUUUAGGUAAUUUGUAGUCUGCAUUAUGAAGUUUCUGAUGUGCUUUAAAAGUAUUUGUGAUGUUGUUUAUGGUGUUUCUAGUAUGUUUCAUGAUAUUUAUUAUUUACAUUACAAGAUUUUGGUGUGUUUUUAUAAAUUCCCAUAGUCCUCCUCUUCAUUCUUCUUCCUUCUUCUCCACAGAUAGACACACCGCCACGACACCCAGCACACCCAGCGCUACCACAAGGUACGCUUUCAAAAUCCAUCUGUAGCUAGUAGCUACCUUUUGCUCUCUCUUCCCCUAAUCAUCUCAACCCCCAAACCUUAGCAGUAUGUAUGAAGCCUAAACAUAAUCAAUUUUUCAGCAGAAAGAAUGCACAAUUACGCAAUAAAAAUCAUGGUCCUAAAAGCAAGCACGCUUAAACUUACCCACGCGUACGCCUAGGUCAUGUUAGACAACGCCGCGGCUAAAUGCCUCGUUUGGGGGUUCUACCUAAAUUAUAUAUAUCGAUUGAGAAUACGGUGACAAUCCAUCAGAAGCCUUCUUCUCCCCAAUCCCGAGCUCAAUCACGAGCAAACAGUGAGUUCAACGGCAAUUUCACCGACGAUGCAACUGAUGCGAUGGCGCCGGCGAUGGUAGAGAUACGGAUUGGCGCCGCUGAUGGCGAAAUCAAACGCCCGAUGACAGAAGAAGCAUGGGUGGCGGGGAAGAAGCAGGGGCGGCGGGUGGCGGGGAAGAAGGGGAGCGGAGGAGAAGCAUCGCACGCAAUGGGGUUGAAGGAAGAUAGUGGAUUUAAUCAAAUUAUUUUAUUACUUUCUAUGUAAUUUACUCUUUUGCUCUUAAUGAAUUAUGAUGUUACUAUAAUAACAAUUUAAUUGUUGUUAUACUAUACAGACCCAGACCCGUUUGAACAACACUAACUGACCACGGUAACCACCCAUCUGAACACCCUAUCAACAGGCACAUGAAACAAAAUUACAAGUUAACA